AAAAUAAAAAAAGGGUAGAGGGGAAAAAGAUUUAUCGUCAAAAACAUAUUUGAAUAUAAUAAUAAAGGAAAAUAGUGGAAAAGACAUCGUGCAGAAUAGGAAGAAGACAUGUCCGCGAUGUCGCGGGGUCCGCCCCGCGCUCGCGGACCCACACGGAUCAUCGAGAGGACGACGCCUAAUCUUGGAAGUGGAAGAACAAGAGGAAUCAUCGUCAAUAAUAUUGUCAACAUUAAAUUCGUCCUCUUGGUUAUUCUCGUCACUGUACUCACGCCCACGGUCAUUUCCGAGAAAAGUAAAGAAUAUCAGAUGAGCGAUAUUUGUAAGAAAUAUUUCAUGCGAGAUCUCUACAGAAAAAUAGACGGUGCAGUAUUAACCUCUAAACACGAACGUGAGCUCGAUUGUGCAAUCACCUUUCAAACGCACAGCAUUCUUCAACGUUUCAUGCUACGAUUUGAUCAACUUCAACUUGAUUGUAAUGAUCAUCUUUACAUCUACGAUGGUGCACACGCGGUUGGUAGUUAUAAGGCUGACCUGUCCUGCAGAAACACGAAGAACAGCGUUGGUGCGAUUUAUACUCGUACCAACUUCGUGACGUUGAGAUACGUCACCGACGCCUGGGGUACCAACAUGAAUGGCUUCCGUCUCGUCAUCACUGCCGUCAAGGAUCCUAAACACACCUGCAAGGAUUUUCGUUGUACUCAAAACGAAUUUUGCAUAGAAACGGAUCUACUUUGUGACGGUGUCAAUCAUUGUGGCGAUGGUUCCGAUGAAGCAACCUCCACUCUCUGUGCCAAUUCCGAGGCAUCGACGAUCCUGGGCAUGCAAACGACCUGGUUCGCAGCUGCCUUCGUUUUCUUGCUCCUGUUUAUGACUGGUCUGAUUACAACAGCAGUUUUCUGCUUUUGUAGACAACGAGCCUCGACCCCGAGGCACCCCCAUAACGCGCACAAUGCUCAGACUCACCCCCCUGUCAGCUUCCCAUGGAUUCGAAGCUCGUUGUGGAGGUGCGCUCGAUACGUGAUUAUCCAUCGUGAAGUUUCCCUGAGCAGUUACAAGGAACAACACGUUUCACUGUGGACAGUUUCGUCGCGAAGCUCGUACGACAAAGUCUUACACUUGCUACCAUCUCUGUUACUCUUCUUACAUUUCAAAGAGGACAACACGAAGAAUAAGAAGAAAGAUCAAGCUAAAAAUAAUAAGAAGAAGGUUGAAGAAGAAGAAGAAGAAGAAGAAAAGCUAAAGAAGAAAAAGAAUAAAAACAACAUUAACGAAGAAGAAGAAGAAGGGGGAGGAUAUAUAACUGGAGAAGUCUUCAGUAGUAUCAACAACAACAACAGCAGCAAUUUCUUCUUCCUCUUUUUCUUUUUCUUUUUCUUCUCAAGUUUGAAGAAACUUGGAUCAAUGAGAAGAAAAUCUUGGAAGAUGACGUCUCACGAGAAUACCACUACUGUUAAUACAACAAAAAAUAGAUAUAAUCUAAUGAACACAUUGUUAACAAUUACAGUAUUGUUUUUAAUCGUGUCAAUUAAUAAGAUCGAAGCUGUCCAAGACUAUAACAAUAUAGUGGUCGGUAAUGUUGACAAUGACAUUAGCAAGGAUUACUUCAUAGGACCUUGUUUAGUGAACACCAAUCAAACCUGUCCAGACGACGAAGUGACGUUCUUUUUAUAUACUAGAAAAAAUCUAUAUAAAGGACAACGUAUAGUUGUAUCAGAUACCGAUUCGAAUCUAGACGACACUAACUUCGAUUCAUCUAAUCCAACAAAGAUCAUAGUUCACGGUUAUAAUUCUGAUAUGCAAUUGAGUAGUUUGAUAGAUGUUAGAGAUGAAUAUUUGAAAAAAGGCGAAUACAAUUUGAUUGCCAUCGACUGGCAUAGGUUAGCAGUUGGACCAUGUUAUCCGAUAGCUGUUCACAAUGUUCAACACGUUGGCGAAUGUCUCGCACAAUUAAUACGAAGAUUAGAGUUUCACGGUGCCAAGGAUUUACACGUCAUUGGGUUCAGUUUGGGAGCACACGUGCCUGCAUUCUCAGCUAAUUAUCUUAAACCUUAUCAAUUGGACAGGAUAACUGGAUUGGAUCCAGCAAUGCCGUUAUUCGUAACGGCUAAUGCACAAGAGAAAUUAGAUCCUACGGAUGCUAAUUUCGUUGACGUAUAUCAUACUAAUGCUUUUAUUCAAGGCAAAGUUGAGCCAUGCGGUCAUAUUGAUUUUUAUAUGAACGGUGGUAUUAAUCAACCCGGUUGUUGGGAAAACGGAAAUCCGUUCGGUUGUAAUCAUCAUCGAUCCGCUGAAUAUUUUGCCGAAUCCAUUAACUCGAAUAAUGGUUUUUGGGGUUGGCCUUGUCCAGGUUUUUUUUCCUACCUUUUGGGUCUGUGCCCACCGAGAUAUCCUGCUGUUUUAGCUGGGGAUCGGGUUAAUAGGAAAUUUAAAGGAUUUCAUCUCGUUAAAACUAAAUCAACUAGUCCUUAUGCGGAAGGAAUGUUUGUUGUUGAUCCUCAGGAUGUUGCUUACAAAAAAAAUAUUAUCGUUUAAGUCAUUUAACACAUAUGAAAUCAGUAAUGCAAUUCCAUGUAACGUUUUCAUACGUUAUUUCAAAAUUUUAUAAUCAAAUGUUACUGACGUAAUUCUACGUUAUUAA